UCUCAUUAGUUACACGCGAAAAAAAAAUGAAAAGAAACAGUGCAUUUGACCGUUUUGACGUGACUAGCAUGCAGAAAGCUUUUGAAAAAUGAUCAAGAGAAAUGAACAUUAACCAGCAAACAUUAAGUUCAUUGACAUGAUUGAUCUGUGAGAAAAUCAACAAAGAAAUGAUUUAAAUGGACAAUAUUUGAGGUUGUAAUGGGUGGUGAGGUGUUAAAAAGACUCAACGGAGGAGAAAACAAUUGUCAGUAAUUGUCAACAUUUGAAAAAGGAGCAACAAAAUUAGUAGCAAGUUUCAAAAAUGGAUAAGCCAUACGGUUGCCACUUGUGUUACAUUGGAUUUACCAAGCCCAAUGAACUGAAAAGUCAUCUUGACAGUCACAAAAAUCAGCCUAUUGAAUUCAGAUUCAGAUGUGAUCAGUGUCCAGCUGCAUUUAUUAAUAAACAGUAUCUUAUCCUUCAUCAGGCCAGUGCACACACUGAACAGGACAUCUCACAAGGAGAACAAACAAUAAGUUCCGAAGAGGAAAAAGCUUAUAAAUGUGAUCAAUGUGAUAAAAGUUUUAUAAGGGUAGGUAAUUUUAGAACACAUAUGCAUUGGCAUGAAAAUGGAGAAGACCACUUCGAAUGUAAUCUUUGCAAUAGGAAAUUCCUUAAUCGGGAAAAUCUCCUUAUACAUGAGCGAGUUCAUUCAGGAAAUACUCCAUAUCAGUGUGGAUUUUGUUCCAAAAGUUAUUCAACUAUAAAAAAUCUACGUAUACAUCAAAAUAGAAUGCACAAAAACAGUAAAAAACAUGCUUGUGAUCACUGUUCCCAGACUUUUGUUUCAAUGGUUAAACUAAAUCAACACAGAAUGACACAUUUUGAUAAACCUGCUGAUACAGAUGAGUUGUUAGGCGAUAUUUUCAAAAAAUAUUCAGAGCAAGUAGAUAUAAAAUCUGAACAGUAUGCUUGUAAUAUCUGCAACAAGAAGUUUCAACAUAAAGGUUGGUUAGAAAAUCACAAGAAAUUACAUGAACCAACAAGUCUUCUGUGUAAUAUUUGUGACAGAUUGUUUGAAAAUGCUUCUGAUCUUAAACAGCAUGAAAUAGAGGACCAUGUUACACACAGAAACACACCAGAACUUUCUGAUGGAAUGCAUAAUGAGCAACCAUACAAGUGUGACAUUUGCAACAAAGAAUUCAUUCGAAAGCCACUUUUAGAUGCUCACUUAUUGCAACAUAAGCGCCAAAAGCCUUUUGGGUGUAACUUUUGCCCUGGAGCCUUUCAAUUUGCUAAUGAAUUACGAAUGCACUUGAGGACUCACAAGCAUCCCAGGCCAUUUUCUUGUAAGCUUUGCCAUGCAAGGUUUGCACAGCAUAACCAAUUAAAAAUUCACAUCAGACAUAUGCAUACUGGUUUGAGUGGGAAUCAGCUGACAAGGUCACCUUCGACAGAAGAUACAUCAACAGAAGAAAAUGAAUCAGAUGCUGUAACGGUCUCUGAAGCUGAUUCUGAAACAGAUAUUUACGUACUUGCCAGCUCUGAUGAACAGAACAUUUCUACAGAGGAUGAAGAUACGGACAAUGAAGCAGUCAAACAUUUUCAUCCAAUGUCAAAAAGUUGGCAAAGAGAAACUGAUGAAAUGAAUAAAGCAUCAGUUACUUCCAAAAAAGGUCCAGUUUCAUUUUUGCUUUUUGGAAAGCUGGAGGGUUUUAAUCAGAGAAAAUCUUUACUUGAAAAUACACAAAGGUUGGAAGGAACAAAUCCCAAAAUUUCAACUCAGCCAGAUUGCAGUCUGAAUCAAUACGACAAAUUUGAAGAACAUUUCGAACUAUGGGAAAAUGGAGUGAGUAGUAAUAUCAGGUCAUUUCAAAAUCCUCUGAAUUCUAUAAACCAGCCAUCACAUAGUAGUUUUAAUCCAUCAGGUGUUAGUGAAUAUGGGAGAUUGAAUCAUGUUGGUGAUCAAAUGAUAGAUUUGCCGAAAUUGUCUAAUUAUGCUGGAACUGAUAAUUUGCUAUCUUGGCCAUCACCACAACAUAUAACAUUGUUUGAAAACAUUGAUAUAAGUGAAUUUUCUGACGAUAGUCAUGUACAUGAUGAAACUGAAUCAAAACCUAGAAAAAGGAGACACUCUGGGCGUAGUAUUAUGUCUUCUGGAAGUCAUGUUAGUUUGAGAGCUAUAAAUCAAGAUAAAAGUAUUGACAUAACCAAAGAAGAGAAUUUGAGUUAUGAUUUAAUCAAGCUUGACCACACUAAAAAUUCGAACACACCUAACAUUUACCACAACAGUAUUUUUAAUAGACAGGAUAUCACGCCUAACGUUAAUUCUGCAAAAGAAGAGGAUGCAAAAAACAAUGUUUCACAUUAUAGUCUAUUGUCAGAGAUUGAUAAGCAGGCCACUAAUGGCAAAUUUAAGGAUGAUAAUAUUGGAAAUAAUCUUUCUUUUUCAUCUAGGAUGAACUACAUUGGAAACAGUAAAGGUAAAAAUCAGAAUCUUAAAAUUUGUGGUAUGAAUCCAAAUGAGAAUCUCAUGGGACAAUUUACUGUAAAGGGGUCAAGUCUACUUCAUGAAAGUAAAACUGAUAAAGAAAGAAAAAUUGGACAAAACAUUUCAGAAAACUUAUUAGAAAAAUAUUUCUCUGGCAAAACUGAAAUCUGUAAGCAAUUUCGACCCAAACUUCAAUCAUAUGCUAGUGUCUCUCCAAAGUCUACUUACAGCUCAGCUUAUCCUGGUAACAUUCAAGAAGAUGACAAACAAAGCCCAUUUAAGUCCUUCAUUCAAUCUUACAAAAAAAGGAUCUUUCAAAAGUCAGGCACCAAGAAAAAGAUUAGAAAUGGUCAUGAAAAUACAAAACGAUAUGACAGUGAGGAUGAAAUAAGUUUUUCUAUGCCAGACAUUGUGAAGAAAGGAUAUUUUACUCAAAGUGUUCAUAAAAAAACUAAAGAGUCUGACAGUGAAGUUGAAAUUAGUUUUAAGAGGCCAAACAUUAAAAUAACUAUUAAGUCACCAAAGGCAACACGUGAAUACAGUGAGAAUGUUGAUUCUAGUGAUAAUGAAAUUAGUUUUAGGAAGAAGAAAAAGCAAAAAGAUGGUGUUUUCAUUAAAGCCGAUCAGAAUGUAUCAUUUUUUAUUGCCAAACCAAUGUUGGGAUAUUGCAGUUCUGUUGAUGAAUGUAGUAGUGUAGAUAAUGACCUGGCUGAUCAGACAACCAUUGAAGAUUGCAGUAGUAUAGAUAGUGAUGACCAUAAAUCAUUGAGUAGCCAUGGCAGUUAUCUUGCUGAUGACAGCACGGUUCCUGGAGAUGAUGCUACACCUGAGAGGACACUUUCAGAAAAUAGUAGCUCAUCAGACCUAGAAAGCAAUUCAACCCAGGAUUAUGUAUCAGGUGUAUGGGACCUUGAUUAUAAAGAGGAAAAUUCAAGUGUUGAAAAUACCCUGCAAGGAGCUAGUUUUAUGUAUAGUCCUAUAAGCGGUAAAUCUGAUGAUGGAAGCAUUUUAGAUGAUGACAAUUUGAUGACAGAUAACUGUUCUAGUUUAGAAAGUGAUAUAGAAAUUGACAUUCCACAUCAAAAGUUACAUUCUAAAAGAUGCAUGAAGAAGAAAAAUAUUUGGUUGAAAAGGAACUUUAAAUUUGAGAUCAGCAAAAUUGACAACAAACCUUUUAUAUCAAAUGCUUUCUAUCAAAAGGAUUCAGUUGAUGAAACUAGAGCACUUCAAUCAGCUGUCUCGAAAAUUCGAAAAAAAUAUGGUGAAAAUAAUUCUGUAUUGGAAGAAAAGGUUGCCAGUAUUAGAGAAAUGGUAAAAAAUAGGUAUUUCAAGAUGAAAAAGAAAUCAAGUGAUGGCAGUAGUAGAGAUAAUAGCACUAAGAAAAAAUCUCCUGCCAAGACAUUCCCAACUAAAGUCUAUGAACGUUUAAACAUGAAUCGAAUAAGUAUGAAGAAUGAAUCUCAGUUGUUAAAUGAAAGAAGCAGAGAGAAAAACUAUUCUUUUAAUGAAACCCUUUCUCCAAAACUAGAUAUAAAACAUAGUAUUAAAGAACCGUCAAUUAGGGCAUUUCAGCCUUUAGUCAAGAAAAAGAUAAGCAAUAGAGAUUCUCCAAUUGCUGCAGUAGGACAAAUUCCCAUUAUUAGGAGUCCUAGAUACAAAACCAGAUAUGCGGAGUUAAAAAUAGCAAAGAAAAGAAUAAAAAAAAUUUCAGAUGUUGAUACAUUUGAGGACACAUCACAAUCUCAAGACUUCUCUAUUUUGAGUCCAUCCGAUACUCUUGACAAUUUUGUAUGUAGACAAGGACUUUGUAAUCAUUCAACUCUGAACAUUCCUGAAGAUACUCAAAGUGUUAAAGGGUCUUCUAUAAAAAGUCCACUUUAUAUAAAGAGUCCAAGGUAUCCGACAAGAUAUGCAUCACAAAGACUAGCUAAAAAAAGAAUGGGGAGUGAAGGAGGCAAGACCUCCAUAAGAUCACUGAAGUCUCCAGGUGCAUUUAGAAUUACAAGUCCAAUACAUAACACUCAGUAUGCCUCAUUAGGGCCAUUCUUUAAUUUAAAAAGUCCAGUAUAUAAGACAAGAUAUGCAACUCGCCGAAUUGCACAGAAAAGAAUAGCGAUUGAAUCAGGAAAAUUUACUGAUUUCAACACAAGUCAGCUUCCAAAAGGAAUUGUUUAUGGACCAACACCAACAUCAGUAGGAUCUCUUCAAACAAAGAAAAGAAAACUAUCAACAGAGAAUGAAGAUCUAUCAAUUGUUACAAGAAACAUCAAAAGUAAGUCACAAUCAACACUUAAAAGAAGAAGUAGACCAAGGAAAAAAGAUGAAGCUGCAUGUCGUAGGAAAGCGCCAAAACAAAAAGGUCAAGUUCAACCUAGAAAACGAAAUCAGUUUACUACAGAAUGUGAAAUGGUCUGUCGAAGCAAACGUCCUAUUAACAAAGUGGCAAAACAAAACAUCAUAUCACAAAGUAAUUUUGAAGCAUGCAAUAAACUUGAGAAGCUUAAUGUUCAAGAUGUAGAUGCCACAAUACCAAAAACCCGAAGUGGCAGACCUGUAAAAUCUCCCGACCGAUAUAGAACUAUUUUUGUAAGUGAAUGUACUGUAAAAUUAAGAAGGGUUCCACCACAAAAGUAUACCCCAUUUCAAGAUAUAAAAGAGAAAGAAAAGAAAAAGAGCAAAAGUAGGAAAACCAGAAACAAGUCAAUAAAAAAAACACAGAAAGAUUUAUUCAGCAAAUUGGAAAAUAUAAAUAAAAGUAUAUAUAAAGACAAUAACAUUAAAAUAAGUGACCCUGGUUUAAAUAAAAACAAAACAAUUACAAGAGGCAUGGACAGAUAUGAAAUAAGAAACAAAAGUUCUGAUAAUAUUGACAACGAACAAAUAAUUGAAACUCUAAACCAAUCGGAGGGGGAAUAUUUUGGAAUUGAUCUAGAGGAGACAAGUAUGAAUAAGGAUAGAGAACCUAAAAAUAUCACAAAAUUGUCAAGAGGAAGGGAAAUACAAGUUAACAACGCUGAGCAUAGCAUUAAAGAAUUCGAAGAUGUAACUACAUUAAGAAGGGACAACAACAUGAACAAGGAAAAACAAACGUUAAACUUUGAAAUUAUUGGUAUUGAAGAGGCAGAAACAAUACUAGCCAAUCAAAUUCGAAAACAGAAAGAUGGAGGUCAAAGGGUCAAUGUUGAAAGUAUUUGCAAGAAAAUCAAGAAUAAGAAACACUUGAAAGCAGUUGCUAGAACUAAUGAAGGUAACAUAAGUAAACAACAAAAUCUCAGAAAAACAGAAAGAAAGAUAGAUUCACUUAAUGGAAAUGAAAUCCCAGUUUAUAAGGGGGAAAAUAAUAAAAUUAGCUUUCCAAACCUAAAAAACAAAACAUUUUCUUCCAAAAGAAAGAGAAAUAAACUUGGAAAAAAAUGUACAAACCAGUUGAUAGAUAAGAAAAAAAGACUUGAUAAAAAUUAUUCUUUGAGAAACAAGAGACGAGAUAGUCAUGACACAUGUAGCAUGGGUAGUAUAACAGUCUACGAAGGUGUUGAUUUAGACAAAUAUAUUGGCAAUGAAUCUUCAGAUUCUCAGGAAAAUUUUACUAGAAAAGAAGAUUGUGAUAUAAACAUGUCUGAUUUGAAAUUGUUUGGAAGAAAUUUAGACAUUACAGGGAAGACAAAAACUGAGGAAAGAAAUAAAUAUGAAAAACUUAAAACAAGUUCACAACAGGAAACAUCAACUAGACCGUCGUCAUGUAGAGAAUUCAAUGAAAACACAAAACAAUUGAUGAACAGACAACAGAGUGAUAAAAUCUGCGAAUUAGAACAAGUUCUACCAUACAGAAUACAAGGAUAUAAGGCUGCUGUGUCAGAAUUUGUGAUACCAACUGUCGAAAAUACUAGAUCCAAAUGUAAGGAACGUGAGAAGUUAAUGAACGAACUACAAAUGACAUGUGAUAAUAAAAGACAUGCAAGAGAGGACUUGAAAACAACUGUUGAAAACUCAGCAAGAAACAUAGAUUCAAAUAGAAUUGGAAGCAUAAAACUGAAUUCAGAUGUAGGUCAAAAAGAAAAGAAUACGGAAAGUGCUUUUCAUUCAAAGAAUUAUGAAAAUACUAUUGACAAGGAAGCUGACAAAAAUGAAGUUGUGAAACCAUGUAUCAUACAGAAGUUGAAAGAAAAAAUGGGUUCAAUUGUAGCCGAUUUGAUGAAUGAUAGUAUGAAGAAGAAUCAAACAAAGAAAACAUCAAUACACAAGGAACCAGUUUAUAAGAAAAACAUUUCUGACAACAUGGACAAAGCCGCCUAUGUUCAGUUGCACAAACUUGAUAGUUAAAAUUGUUGCUUAACUGGACUUUUAUUUAUAAUAAAUUAUAAUGACCAAAUGUGCAUGGCAUUUGUGCAAAAAUAUCUUCAGGGCUUUAUAAAAGAAAUACAUGUUGCUGCUGAUGCACAAAAGAUUAUUUGUUUUUUGUUUUUAUUAACUGUAACAAAGUGUUUUGAAUUAUUAUGUGAUCUUGGUAGGGAGUAACUUUUCAAUCAGCGAUGCCAAUACCCCUUCUAUGAGCUCCACAUGCUACGUGGAGACUCUAGACUUAAGUAAACAUGGUAAAAGGAUGUAAAAUCUCAAGAUAAAUACUCAGGGAAAAAAUGCUUUUUAUAUAUACAUGGUGUUGAUGUGUGUUGAUUUGUUUAUAGAAUGAUUUUUUGUAUUUUAUAUUGCUGCUAGGACGUUUGGUUACCAAGAGUUAUGAGAGUAUCAUCUUCCUCAUAGUCAACAUUCCUGGUCUGCCAUGAAAUAUUAUUCAUACUGUCAUUUUCUGUACCAAGUCAGGAAUAUGACAGUUGUUUUCCAUUCGUUUGAGGUGUUUGAUCUUUUGAUUUUGCCAUUUGAUAAGGGACUUCCCAUUUUGAAAUUACCUUGGAGUUGGGUAUUUUUGUUAUAUUCCUUUUUUCUUCAAAUUUAUUUUUCAUAAAAUGUUAAAAUCAGUCGCAAUACUAAAGAAGAAAAAAAUCAUGGCAUAAUGGCCUUAGUAACAUUUGGCACAAUUUUUUUUUCUGGUUUUUGGCGUACUUUAUUUGGCCCUUCUGCUUAUUUGAUUUUAAUGCCAAAGAUGAGUAUUAUAUAGACAAACAUGUGUCUGGCAUUAUAGAUUAUAAGGCUAGCAUCAUUGAUGAUAUACAUUUGGAUUUACCUAAUAAAUGGACAACAGAUAAUAGCAAGUGCAAAAUUUCUCUCCAGUGUUUAAUAUUAGUACUAAUAUUUUUGUUGUUAAAUUUAAUUUUUUACAUUAAUAACUAAAUGAUUCUUCACCAAUUUCAUCACUUUUGCUUAAUAACAUGUUACCAACAAUGUUGACAUGUGUUCAAGUAGAGAAGGUUAACAAGGUUUAUUGUUAAGACCAAUAUUUAGGCAUGAACUAUUUUAAGAGGCUUGGGAAGUUUUGUUUGUUUUUGAAUAAUUGACUUGUAAUUGAUUUUAUAUAUAUUUGAAUAUUUAGAAAAAAGGGCAAUUUUGUACUAAAUAUAUUUGUGUGGUAUUUAUGUUUUAUCAGCAAUUUGUACAUUUUCCCUUUGAUCUUACUGCCUAAUAUUUUCAAGAUCAUGGACAGGACUUGAUACACGAAAAUAUAAGGCAAUGACGUCAUGUAUAAGUGCAGCGACGUCGCGUGCUCAAAUCCAUCCGCGUCAAUUUAUCAAUGAAAUGCACGCGACGUCAUUCAUACAACCAAACAACUAUCCCAACGUUUUGUACGCGUAAAAGUAGUUUUACUAGCUAUUUCAUUCUACUUCAUAUUCUCAACAAAAAAAAACCUACAGUUAUGACAAAUUGCCGAUAAAAAGAAUAAUGGCAUUUUAUUUUUUGAUACUGACUUCAUCAGCUCGAAUAUCAGCUCGCCCUAGCGGGCUCGCUUGAUAUUCUUGCUGAUAAAGUCAGUAUCAAAAACAAAAAUGCCAUUAUUCUAUAUUUAUACAUCUUUUAUAUUAACCAUGUUAAUAGUAUGCUAAUCAUUGUCCAAAUGUUAGAAUGAGAUUAUGUUAUAUUUGUCAAUGUAUGAUACUGCACAGUGUGAUUAAUGCAUGUUGCUACUCAUUUUUGUAUGAGAUUUUUUUUCUUUUUUUAAAUGGUUAGAUAAAUAUAUAUAUAUAUAUAUAUUGAUUUGUUAUUUAUAUAAUUUGAAAUAUGAAUUUAAAUGUGGUCUUGUAAAUAGGUUUUAUUGGUUUUUCUCUGCGAAGGGUUUUGAAUUCCAUUACAAUUUUUGUAUUUUUACACUUUCAUAUGAUUUAUUUUUUUUUAUAAAUAUAUAAUUUCAAAUACACUUGUAUUUUGGAACUUGUAAAGUCACCAUUGUUUGAGCUUUUUUUUUAUUAUUCAUGUGAAUUGACAUUCAACAUCUGUGGAUACCUUAUAGAAGAUUAAAAAUAAUUAAUGAUCUCAUUUUAUUAUGUUUAUAAAAGUCUUUAUUUUUUUAUAAAUUGUUUUUUUUGGUUUUAAGGGCCAUUCCAAGUUUGAUCAGAAAGUAAAUUAUACAUACACAAUGUAGUUAAGCAACAUUUGGAGGAGGUAUCUCCCUCAUGCAUGGCCUUGAUUUCUUGUCGAGGUUUGGCUUCACUUUUGGCCCCUUUUUGGUUUGAUCAGCUCUUCAAAGUUUGUACUACAAUGUAUUAGGGUUUGGGCUUUCAAAUAUUUUGCACUCGUGCAUCACUGCAGUCAAAUUGAUUUUUUUUUGUAAAGUUUGCAUGUCCAUCAGACAGGGUUCACCUGACCUCGACCUUAUUUCAUGGAUCAGUAAUCAAGGUUAAAGUUACGUGAUUGGGUCCGUUUCUCAAAUACCAUAAGCAGUAGGUUAAAUAUAUGGGGUGUAUGGAAUGAUUGUAACGGGUACAUGUCAGUCUGGCAGGUUUCAUCUGACCUUGCCAUCAUUUUUAUGGUUCAUUGGUCAAUGUUAUGAUUUGUGUUUUGGUCUAUUUUUCAAGUUCUUAUAUCAAUAGGUCAACUAUAUUUGUUGUAUGAAUGAUUGUAAGGUGAACAUGUCUGUCUUGUAGGUAUCAUCUGACAUUGACCUCAUUUUCCUUGUUCAUUGAUCAAUGUUUUUAAGUUUUUGUGUUUUUGUCUGUUUUUCAAUUACAAUAAGCAAGAGGUCAACAAUUUUUGGUGUAUAACAAAUUUGUAAGGUGUAAUUGUCUAUCUGACAGGAUUUAUCUGACCUUUACCUCAUGUCAUAGAUCUUUAAAAAUGUUAUGUUUAUGUGAUACUUUUUGCAAAGCCUUCAUCUUUAAGACUUUCAGCAUAAAAUCAAUAGUCAUUAAAGCAGGCGAGACGUUUCAUCUGUGCACUCUUGUUUUAUAUUACAUUUAAAUUUGAAAAAUGGGUAAUGAUUAAUAAGCUAUUGAAUGAUUAGAACCUGUUUUGGCAGGGCAAUUUUGAAUAUAUAUAUAUGGUCUUUCCCCUUUUCAAUUCAUUUGAUAACACCAUUCUAAAAGCAAGGUGUUAAAAACCAUAGACAAAAACACUAUUAGAAUUAUCCUAAAACAUCAAAACAAUUUAAAAAUAAACCGGUUUUAAAUUUUCCAUUAUUGCUAAAACAUUAUUGAAUGACUGUCUGUUCAACAGUACAAUAUGACAAGGGCCUUUAGUUAAUAUACAUGAUUCAUGUUUAAUACUGGCACCUUUUCUGCACGUCAUGAAGUUAUUUUUUUAAGGAUAAUGGUCAAUUUGAUAUAUCCAGUAUUUUUUAUUAAGCACAUUAGGCUUUAGAACUAUAAUAUUACUGGAUUGAACAAUGUAUCUAUCAUAUCCAUUGUCUUGAUUUGCAUAAUAAUACUGGAAAAACAUUUUAUAUAUACAUAUAUCAAGUAGUUUUAUUUGUUGAUAUUCUUUUAUAUUUGAUAUAAUAAUGCAUAGUCAGAUAUAUUACAUGUUAGUUUUAUUUUCUAUUAUUGUUUUUAUUCAAACACAUCUAGUUGUUCUUUUGAUAAAGUCUUAUGUUUUAAAUGCCAUUGAAAAAACUUGUUUGUUCAGGAAAUUUGCUUUGUUUUAUUCUAGUGCCGUUUAUGUUUUUAUUGCAUAAAUAUACCAUGUUUAGUAGAGUCUCAUUUGUAUUGCUAUUGAAUUUUAUUUUUAGGAUUGUUACAUUUUUCUUACACUGUAAAUUCAGAAAUUAUUGCAAGGUCUAUUUUAGUGUGAAUAAUGCGACAGGGUGAGUAUCGCAAUAAUUCAAACUCACUCUCUGAUAUCUGAUUCAUAUAUCUAUAUGCAUAUUUUCCGUAAAUCGCAAUAAUUAAUCUCACAUUUUUGUCCAUUUUUAAAAAAAAUCACAUUAAUCAAUGCACACAAUAAUUUCUGUAUGAAUAGUUGUUUUCUGAUACAUUUAUUGAUUCAAUUGACCUGAUAUUUUUAUGAUAUUAGUUAUCUACAGAAUAGAUUAUGGAUAGGACAGUAAACUCGUGUCAGAUCUUUACCAAGCUGUACCGUAUUAACCACCUGAUGCAUUGUACAAUCAACUUUUAUUCUUAUACAUUCCAAGUUGCGUUGAAUAAUGGUUGUGAUGAUAUAUAAUCUACUGAAAUAUUUUUGUAUUUAAAUUGUUGAUGCUCAAUAUUUUUUACAUGUAAAUUGGCAAUAUCUUUGUCUCUAUGUUGAAUUUCUGUUUUGCCUUAUGAAUAAAGAGAUACCAUUAUUA